AGCAACCAAGUGCACUCAGAGCGCCAGCCGUGACUUCACUGCAGCAGCAAUCAGCGUCUCUGUACUUAGUGGGCUAGACACACUAACCUGUCUGUCCCCUCCUCUUUUCCAUUUCUCUCUCUUGCUCUCUUUCUCUCUGUCUCUCGCUCACUCUCGCUCUCCCUGAGUUGCCCUCCUCUCCUCAUCAUCACUCUGCCACUCCCGCAGCAUUGAUCUCUGUUUCAACGGGACACUGGCCUGCAGCUCACCCACUGAUUCUGCAUGACUGUCACAAAGAUGUCAUGGCGCCCGACCUACCGAAGCUCCAAGUUUCGAAACGUCUAUGGAAAAGUGGGAAGUCGGGAGCACUGCUAUGACGGCAUCCCUAUCACCAAGAACGUCCAUGACAACCACUUCUGUGCUGUCAACUCCAAGUUCUUGGCUGUGGUCACUGAGAGUGCUGGUGGGGGCUCAUUUAUCAUCAUUCCUGUUUCCCAGUCAGGCCGCCUUGAUUCUCACUACCCAAAAGUAUGCGGGCACCAAGGCAACGUACUGGACAUCAAGUGGAACCCUUUCUUUGAAAACAUCAUAGCUUCCUGUUCAGAGGAUAGCUCGGUGCGAAUAUGGGAGAUCCCAGAGGGCGGACUGAAACGCAAUAUGACCGAGGCAGUGUUGGAGCUAUAUGGUCACAGCAGACGGGUGGGUCUGAUUGAGUGGCAUCCAACCAGUAGUGGCAUCCUUUUCAGCGCUGGCUACGAUUAUAAGAUCCUUAUCUGGAACUUGGAGAUUGGAGAGCCAGUAAAAAUGAUUGACUGCCACACAGAUGUCAUCCUUAGCAUGUCCUUCAACACAGACGGCAGUCUGAUGGCCACCAGCUGCAAGGACAAGAAGCUGCGAGUUAUUGAGCCACGCUCCGGCAGAGUCCUUCAGCAAGCCAGCUAUAAGAACCACCGUGUAAACCGAGUUGUCUUCCUUGGCAACCUCAAGCGGCUGCUCACCACAGGCGUCUCUCGUUGGAACACACGUCAGAUUGCUCUUUGGGAUCAGGAGGAUUUGUCAAUGCCGGUGAUGGAGGAGGACAUUGAUGGUCUCUCAGGACUAUUGUUUCCCUUCUAUGACAGUGACACUCACAUGUUGUACUUAGCAGGCAAGGGAGAUGGCAACAUCCGCUACUUCGAGAUAACAACAGAGAAACCAUACAUCCAAUACCUAAUGGAGUUCCGGUCACCAGCCCCCCAGAAAGGAUUAGGCGUAAUGCCAAAGCGUGGUCUGGAUGUGGGAGCUUGCGAGGUGUUCCGCUUCUAUAAGCUUGUCACACUGAAAGGCUUGAUAGAGCCUAUUUCAAUGAUCGUACCAAGAAGGUCGGACACAUACCAAGAAGACAUUUACCCAAUGACUGCAGGAACAGAACCUGCACUUUCAGCUAACGAGUGGCUCAGUGGUAUUGACAAAGACCCAGUCCUAAUGUCCCUGAAGGAUGGGUACCACCGACCAAACAAGUUAGUAUUCAAAGCCCCAGUGAAGGAGAAGAAAAAUAUUGUCGUGAAUGGGAUCGACCUGCUUGAGAAUAUUCCUCCCAGGACGGAAAAUGAGCUUCUGCGGAUGUUCUUCCGGCAGCAGGAUGAGUUGCGGAGGCUGAAGGAGGAGUUGAGCUCCAAGGAUGUACGAAUACGUCAGUUGGAGUUGGAACUUAACAACAUGAAGAAUGUGAGCCCUCAUAACAUCUGAGCUCUGACAAAUCCGCCACCAGUUUAGACCUCCAGAAAGCUUCGGCACCCUCAUUCACAUUUGACCUGCUACCACAGCCUAACUCCUGCUGCCAUUCCUCACACACUCUCUGGUUACUGGACUUUUUUUUUUUUUUUUAAUUAUUAUUAUUAAAGCUGUAUUUUAAUAAUGACAAAUAUGUUACAUAAUAAGAAGCAGGGUCAUGAUUUCCAUAUUAAAGGAAAUAUUUAAAUCAGUGAAAUGUUAUUUUACAUGUUUUGAAUGUAUUAAAAUGAAAACGGUGAUGAAUUAAUACACACUUUUGGUUCGACCUUAACUAAUCUUGUCUCAACCAGUAUGCUAUAACUAAAAUGCCUGGAGAUCAUAUUCUCCCCAAGUAUUGACGAGGAGCAGCAUUUGUUUCUUAUUCAGCCUAAAUUCGUGGAUAAGAUACUAUUGUCGUACAUUUUUUUUCUUGAAAGUUUUUAAUGUUACUGACACUUGUUUACUGGGACUUACAGCGCCAUCUCAAAAUAGCUGACAUGCAUUUGCGUACAAAUGUCUGCUAUUUCCUGCCACUGACACAGCGGCUCAAGAAGUCUUCUUUACACCAGAGUCAACAAUUGACAAACUGGUGUGAAGUCUGAAGCCAAGCCUUAAGAGAAAGUUUGAUGACACUUAUUUGGUUUUAGGGCUAAACACAGUUAUGGGGAUUGUAUUAUGCGUUUACUUCUAUUUAUUUAACUUUUUUUUCUCAUAUUGUUUAUAAUAAUGUGGCUGGGCAAGCAAUGAUUGUGUUUGGGUUCACUGAAUGUUUAUAAGUUUGUUGCGGAAGUGGCUCUUGAUGAUGAUGAUGAUGAUGAAGCUUUAUUUCAAGCAUGCACAAGAAAAACACACACAAAAAAAAAAACAGUAUAGAAAUACAGUAUAGUUCAUUCAGAAUAAUUAUUUGCACUCGAAAGGGAGUGGGAAGAAGAGAAACUUGAAAAACUCUUUGAUGGUUGUUGGCAAUGACACCACAUAACUGCAGGCAAGGUAGAUCCUGUAUGUAGUUAGUAUAUUCUCAGAAAUUCUAUUAGUUAACUAUAUUAUUAGUACUAUAAACCAUAUUUACUACUAGUAAAUCUGUCAUUUUGCCUCACAAAAACACAAAUGCUAACUUUAAACCAUGUGUUUUAAAAGCUUAAAUAUUUGUUUAAAACCAGUGUUUGUUUUUUGGCAAUUUAAAAAUGUUUUCAAACUGACCCUGUCACUAGUGGACAAAGAAAGAGCUAAGUGUAUGUUGGCUUUUGUUCAGGUGUAACAAGAAUGAAAUGUGAACCUACAGAAAGUUUAGUAAAGUUUUGAGUCUUCUACAGUCUUUCACUUAGAAUGUUUAUUUGUGUGUCUGAUUUUGUUGUUGUUGUUGUUGGCUUUUCAUUGUAACAUUCAGAAGUUGUUGCACGCUUCAAAAGGUAAGACAUUAGUUAACCUCAACAAUAUUGUAAGAUGGUAAAAUUGAAGGAUCUCUUUCAGUGUCUCACCAUUACAAACAGUAGGAGUUACUGCAUUGCCAAUAAGAUCCAACACCAGAGAUAAAUAUUAUUACACUAGAUUCUAAAUAGGUGGUGUGCAGGUUUUAAACAAAACAAUAUUAUCUUGUAUUGAACCUCAUUAGAUGUGCAAAAGGUCAACUUUACCUUAGCUAGUUAUCCAAGAAAGGUAAGAAAUAGAGGCAAAAUGUUUACCCAAACUAAGAGUAGCGUUACUUUAGAAUACUAUUACUCAACUAAGAGUAAAAGUAGUAGUAGUCAAGUAAAAAUGUAUUUGGUGAAUACACAUACUCAAGUUAUGAGUAACAUUGUGAGUAACUGCUUACAAUAUUUGAAUUUUAAAUAGUAUUUUUUUUCUCAGCACCAAGUUAUUCAUAUAAAAUGUUAUUAUAAUAAUGUACUAUGAGACAACUGCAUGAAGAUAAGAAAUCAUUGAAUCCCGGUAAGAGGAGAAAAAAAAAAUCUGCAGAACUGAAGCAUCAUUUGUCCAAAGAGCAUGAGUGCCCUCUAGUGGAGAAAAUACUUCCUAGUUUGAAUACUGAAUAGUUGCUUCAUAGUUCCUUUUAUGAAAUUAAAAGGAUUAUACCUCCGGUUUUCUGUCUUCAAUCGUUGCCAAAUAAAAACUGGGAGAGAGGUUACGAGUCAUGUUGAUGGCAGCGCUCUAUGUCAAAUACUUAAUUUUUUAUGGUGCUUUAAAGACGCCACGUGAUAAACAGGCUGGCAUGAUCGUAGAACGCCAAGCUUGAAUCUGAUUGGUACUGUAUAAUGCAGUCAUGUGAUUAUCGUUGCAACGUCUCAUUAGUGAAACUGGUAGA